AUGGAGGUUCAGGAAUCUACCAAAGUAAGACAAUAUAGCAAUAACCAAAAACUACUUCUGAUCGGAGAAGGAGAUUUUUCAUUUUCUUUGUCUCUAGCCAAAGCCUUUGUUUCAGCCACCAACAUCACUGUGGCAUCUCUUGAUAUUCGAGAUGGGCUCGGGCGUCAGUACAACAACGGAAACGCGAACAUGGAAGAGUUGGAGAAACUUGGGUGCACCGUGGUCCGAGGUGUUAACAUACAUUCUAUGACUUCAGCCGAUGGCUUGAACCAAUAUGACAGAAUCGUCUUUCAUUUUCCUCAUGCAGGGAAACACCGAAAUGUAGUGAAAGGAUUUAUGGAGAAUGCGAUAGAGAUGGUGAAAGACAAAGAUGGAGAAAUACAUGUCACUCAUAAGACAAUAUACCCAUUUAACAAGUGGGACAUGAAGACUAUAGCUGAGGAGACGGGUUUGCGUUUAAUCCAGCAGAUGCAGUUUAACAAAUGGACAUUUCCGGGUCACUCCAACAAUAGAGGAAGUGGAAGUAACUGUGACGCUAGCUUUCCUUUUGGAUCAGUUGUUACUUUCAUGUUUAAGAAAUAA